ACACCUCUUCCCUACAUGUCGAAGUCACCACCCCCUUGACCUGUUCGAUCCAUUGAAGAAAAUUUUGCCUCCGAUCCUUCAGCUUGUAGCUCUCCCUAAGCUCCGUUCAGUAGAGGCUUGGUUAGAAGAUGACGGAACGCCAUUCCCCGCAAGCCCAAGGCGUAGAAGCGGGAGAUCAUCAGGCGUACAUGAAAUUGGCUCUCUCUUUGGCCACCAAAUCUCCGCCGAAGCCCACCAACUACCGAGUCGGAGCUGUCGUGGUGGAUACGGCAACGAAUACGGUAUUGGCUACGGGCUACACGUUGGAACUUCCAGGAAACACACAUGCCGAACAGUGCUGUUUUGAGAAGCUCGCAGAGAAGUACGGCGUCGCGGCAAGCCAUCUAAGCGAAGCGCUUCCGGGCGAGGUCAUACUUUACACUACGGUGGAGCCGUGCUCCCAGAGGCUGAGCGGGAAUCAGCCAUGCGUGGACAGGAUAUUAGCUAUAGGGAACAGGAUCAAGGCGGUCUACGUCGGCGUGCAGGAACCAGAUAAAUUUGUUAGCGAUAAUUCUAGCAAGAGGAAGUUGGAGGGGGCCGGCAUUCAGGUCGUUCACGUCGGCGGUCUCGAGAAGGAGAUACUACAAGUUGCAACCGCAGGGCAUAGUAACGUCAUCUAAUUCCCAGGUGCAUAAUAUCUCCUCUUAUUUCCUGUUAUCGGAUGUAGUGGAAGCUAUGGGAAUCCCCAAGACCCGGAGCUUAUAAGGAGUAUUGUGCAAAGAUGGGUGGUGCAAUGCUUGCUCCCAGUCCUAGGCAAUUCAGAAGAGGCUGCCCGACAGUAUCAAACUCACCAGAUCAAAAUAACAUGAUUCAUACCUAAGUAUCCACCUACGUUACGUAGCUCCCAUCCCUCGUCGAAUUUAGGUAGGCACCUUAGAAUAGAGAGGGGGAAACAAAAAAAACGAGUUGGGGAGAGUAGAGAGAGAGACCAAGAAGAAAAAAGAGAGAAUGGGCGAGGUAGACGACGAAAAAAUUUGGGUUGCAACUCCCAGUAGACUGGGAGGCAUCAGGAAUUGAGCCCGAUGCGGGGGUCGAACCCGCAACCUUGAGAUUAAGAGUCUCACGCUCUACCGAUUGAGCUAACCGGGCUUAUACUGGAACCGGAAGACUGAGCUACCCGGGAUUCUU